AUGAAUCUCCGUCCACUCGUUUCCAGUCUUCUCGCGCUGGUCGCCAUUCAAACUUGCGAAGUCGAGUCUCUUGCGGUGCCCAGGCCAUCGACAUUAGAGGGCCGUUCACUCAAUCCGCCUUAUUCUCUGCCGAAGACUGGUCUUCUCACGUCCCUGACAAGAGGUCUAGAUAUCACCGCCAAGCAGGUUGGCUAUUUGUAUGGCCCUCCAGUUGCAGGGGGUCCUUUUUUCCCAACCGGCGCGUUAGGCCUGGUCAAGGUCGCCGCGGACCAGGCUUUGAUCCAGCUCGACGAGGUGCCUAUCCUUGCCGCCAUGACGCUCGAUAGAACCGACAGCACACUGUCGGCUCCACAGUAUAAUGGCUUACAGACGCUGGACGACUAUACCCUGUUAUACGAUGGCCACUGGAAGAACACUCUCCCUAAUGGACCCGUCCCGGGCAUCUUGACCAAUUACACCCAAGACCUGCUGUUCUCAAUGGAGCGCCUUUCGAUCAGCCCAUACCAAGUGAGAAGGCUCAAACCUUCCAAUGGGCUCAAUCCUUCGACAGAUACAUUACAGUUCAACGUCGACGAUGAUGUUGCAAGGAAUGUCACAGGCAUGACGCUCCAGCAGCUCUUUCAGAGUGGUCGCCUUUUCUAUGCGGAUUAUCGAAACCAGAAGAAUCUCACGCCUACCAAACGAUUUUCCGCUGCCUGCGACGCCUACUUCUACAUUGAUCAGACGUCCGGGGACUUCUUGCCGCUCGCCAUUCGCACAAACGUGGGAUCUAGCUUGGUCUAUACACCCAUGGAUGAGCCGGACGAUUGGCUGCUCGCAAAGAUCAUGUACAAUGUCAACGAUUUCUGGUUUGCGCAGUGGAACCACCUUGCGAGCACCCAUGAGGUUGUCCAAAUCGCGUACCUGGCUGCCAUCCGCACCUUGAGCGACGAACACCCUGUUCUUGCCUUGCUGAACCGAAUCAUGUAUGAGGUUUACGCAAUCCAACCACUGGCCGAGCUUCUUCUGUUUGCUCCUGGCGCCGCCGUUGACCAGGUCUUCGCGUACACAGGCAGCUCGGCGAGGGACUACACCACAGGCUUGUACAACAGUGGCAGCGGCCGGUUCCAAGCCAAUUAUUUCACCACCGACCUUGAGUCUCGGGGAUUGAUCAACUCCAAAUUCGGCCCAUCCUUGAAACACUUUCCUUUCUACGAAGACGCCUCGACGAUUUACACCGCCAUUCAUGCUUUCAUGACAUCUUUCGUCAACUCGUAUUACUUCAAAGACUCGGAUGUUACAGCCGACAAGGAAAUGCAAGCAUGGGUGAAAGACGCGCAAGGACCUGCGAAAGCGAUCAACUUCCCGUCGAUCACAACUAGAAGCGCCCUGAUUGAUGCCUUGUCGCACAUGGCUCACCUUGUCUCCACGUCGCACCACACUGUCAAUACCAAUGAGCUAUUGUCUGUCAGCUCUACACUGCCUUUCCAUACCCCGGCGCUCUAUCAGCCACCUCCAUCAUCCAAAGGUGUCACAAACGUGGUCGACUUUCUUCCACCACUUGACCAGGUUGAACAGCAACUCGGCACGGCAGCAAUCUUCGUGCGCCCUUUCUUCGUCGGUUCGGACCGCACGCUGAUGCACAUGUUUGACGAUUCUGCGAUGUUAAACCGCAUGAAUGCCGCCACUCGGACGGCGGCUGCAACUUUCUACAGCAGCAUGCAGGCAUUCAGCCAACAGGUUGCGGCGCGAAAGUUUGAUCAGGAUGGGCUGUCCCAAGGCAUGCCGUUUGUGUGGCAGGCGUUGGAUCCCAAUGUGGCACCAUAUUCAAUCACGUCCUGA